UACCCAGCCAACAAGAGUCAUUCAGAAACUUCAGAGAAGCGUACCAAGGAAGAUGCGUCGGACCCCAAAGAAUACGCUCGUCUUGGAAGUGGAAGGGACUCUAGCAUUGUCCUCCUUGACAGCUGUAUGGGAUGACGCCUCAACAUUCACCACAACUUUCCAGGAUAGAUGUUAUCAGGUUUCGAUAAAGCUGAGACCACACCUUCCUGAAUUUCUAGAAGCCCUGGCCAAAAUCUAUGAGAUCUUUGUAUUCACCACUGCCAAGCAAGAUUACGCUGAUCAAAUGUUGAAGGUCCUUGGACCACAGAGGAAGCUAAUCAGGCACCAGCUAUCUCAAGAGGACUGCCUCUGUAGCCAUGGUUCCUAUGUAAAGGACCUGUCGGUAGUGGAAAGAGAUUUAGACAGGACUGUGGCGGUUGCAACCUGCCUGCAAGCGUUUCCUUACCAGAUGUCCAAUGUGAUCGUGGUCCCUGAGUGGCAGGGUGAUCGUCAAGACAAAGAAUUGCUUCGCCUUAUUCCAGCCCUCCAAACUAUUAGUCAGGCAGUUGACAUUCGCGCUGAAAUAGCGAGAAAACACCGUGGGCGAGGAAAGGUUGAGCGCCUGUUUCCAUUAUAAAUCUCCUCUUCAAAUUUGAUUUGGAACCUCCAGACUUUAAAUCACAACGUAGCUGGGAUAUUUU